CUGCGUUCAUCCCCCCGUGGAGGUCACACAUUCCACCGCAUUGACAGAAUACAGGAAAGGAAAAAAUGGCAAAGACUACCAAAUUGGUGUCCGACCUCAAGGCCAUCGGUGAGUCUCUCACCAAGGAGACUCUGAAGGACGGCAUUCCGUCCCCGGCCCGGUGCUCCGAACUCGUCGCGUCCAUCGCCUCCAUUGCCUCGGAGCACAAAGUCACCAUCUCCGUUCUCGAGGAGACCAGGAUCGGAAAGGGCCUCACGAAAGCCACCAAGGUCUUUCGGCGUCACAAGCGCACCGCCGAUGACGCGGACGCCGACGAAUGGGAGGCCUGCAUCGUGGAGACGAACAAGCUCCUCGCGAGCCUCAAGGAACAGGUCGCCCGGGAGGAAAAGGAACUGAAGGAGAACAGGCAGAAGGCCGCGAGGAAGGAAGCCACCGAGGCCGGCCUCCCGAAAACGGUGUCCGCAUACAAAUCCCGGCUGGAAUCCCAAAAGAAGGACAUGUAUAAAAAUCCCCCGGCGAUGCCUCCGUCGAGCAUCGCGAUCGAAGAAAAGUGGAUCCAGGCCCCCCCGAAACGGAACAAAACGACGGGGGAGCUCACCUUCGCCGCCGGAACCGACAAAAGCAUCUCCCAGAUACUCAAGGACUUCCACCCGAAUCUCACCCCCGAGGAAGUGCUGCGGGCCGGAUCCUUCGGGGGCACCUAUUUUCGUCCCAUCGUGUCCGCCGUCACCAACGUCCGCUACAAAUCCAAGGACGUCCUGCGCGAUUCGGUGGAACCGGAAUGGAUCGAGGGCCUGGACGCACCGACCAUGCUCACGUCCACGGCAUACCUGAACUUUGUCAACAAGUUCAAGGUCAAGUGCGGGGGGAGCCUAGGCAUGUGGGAAUCCUCCGGCUGGAUCAGCGAUGCGGAUCCGUACGGGUGGUUCCAGUGGUAUUGCCGGUUCUACCGGGGGAGGCGCUGCGCCGAUGACCAGCGGCAGAUCAGCCGGUGGCUGAAGAGCGCGGGGCCGAAGGGGAGGUUCCGUUCCCAGCUCUGCAACAAGAUCUACGCGGCGGGGGGCAUGUGCAAGCUCAACGAUGCCAAGAUCAGCCCCGUGAUCCGGCAAACCAUGCUGCACUGGGGGCUGGAUAUCACGGCGGACGUUCUGACAAAGCACGGGAAGAGGGUCGGCAAGAUACCCUAAUCGAAACAAAAAGAUACGGAACAGGGAAUGGUUUUGUAGGUUCUUCUAUCGAAAACCGAUGAAUUCAAGGAUUGUUGAGGUAAAAACUCAAACUUUUUAGCCGGUGGUGUGCAUCCACGAGGCUGUCGAGAACACUUUUUUAAGUAAUGAGUUUGUGUUUAGAAGCGAUGGAAGGAUCCUGUUAUCAUUCUCUCACGUCGGUAGGGAAAUGGUGAAGAAUAGCAAAAUGACUACAGACUUUUGUUGAAGUUCGAGGUUCCGUAGCCACAGGCAUGCUGUGACAGCAUGAAGUUUCUCUUUCUUGUGAUAGAAGGAUAACCCUUUCAUUCAUGACACAAUCACUUAGAAGAAGAUUACUGACGACACCUGCCAUUCAUACAAAGCUUAGUGCAAAUUUGUCAUCUAACAUUGAGAAAUGAAGUAGUGAUUGAGAAACAGUAACAAAAAGUUGUUUCAAAACAAUGAUGAGACUAAAUAUGAAAAACCAUC